AUGAGAUCAUUGCCUUGUCUUGUCUCAGGCCUGUCCGCGAUUCACGAACUGACAUAUUAUACACAUUGGGACUUGAGGGUGGACAUCGUAGAUGGGCGUGGAGAACGUCGCUACGCUGAGUACGGGUAUUGGUUUCUGUACGGUGCUUCGAAUAACUACGAACUUCUCAUGUACAGCUACUCGGGUGACGCAGGAGAUGAGUUGGGACCUAGUAACCGUAAAGAGUUUUCAACCUAUGACCGAGACCCGACCGGCUGUGUCAGGGCACGUCACAGCGCCUGGUGGUACCCGGAUGACUGUGGCAGAGCUUACCUCAACAGCCCUAGUGCAAGCGGCAAUGUUUGGGGUGACUACAGCAACCUGCAGUUCUCGGAGAUAAAGGUGAGGCCAGACUACUCAACACUUGGGCUUACACCGCCCCCCAGACGUAUGGAACCACGAAGGUGAAGCCAGACUAACAUCAUCUUGUCUCGUGUACCCACUGCUUAUACCGCCAGUCCACUGUUCACUGUUCACUACAGGUUCCACUGAUGAUGUGAGCUCAGUGUACAUUAAUCUUUCGCAAUAGUCUAGCAUCUCAACGUAGUGCAGACUACUGUACUUUAAUUGUUUACUUUGAGUAUAUUGCCUGGUGAUUCUAGUAUACACGUGUUGUAUUAUUUCUUGCAGAUUUGGGUGUGCUUGGAUAAACUAACAUGUUUACAAACGUAAAGUCUAAGUUUAAUUAAUUCAUUCAGCAUUUAAUUGUGCAAUGAGCUGUCGCUAUACACCUAAUACUUUAAAGUAAACGAUAUUACCUAUACACCUAAUAGUUUAUAGUAAACGUGUCAUGAACUAUAUAUUAGCUAUACACCUAAUAGUUUAUAGUAAACGUGUCAUGAACUAUAUAUUAGCUAUACACCUAAUAGUUU